UUUUUCUCACAGGAUUUCAAUUGGGUGGCAACGCACAUGGCAACGCGUUAGCCUAUUAGUGGAACAAAUUAUAAUUUAGUCAGUUCAGAAUACUGAAAGUAAACUACUGCUAUGAUCCAAAAAAUUGUAAAAAAACGAAACAGAAUUUGUUAUGACACACUAAUUAGCUACCGAAAGCGUUGAUUAGUUUCAUGCGAACAAAAUAUACGUCAUUUUAAUCAAUAGUAACGAAGAUCAGACUCUGGAGCUGUGAGGCAACCUUGGAAAAGUGUUAUUUUCUUGACGCAUUAUGCAAGGAACUAAUGMGUUGAUAUUCGCGACUAUUUAUGUUGCGCUAUUGGUAUUAGUUUUGGUACUGGCCUAUUACUUCAGCUUGAAAAACUCCUACAGUUUUAGAAGUGAAGAGGUUUUCCAUGAAAAUGGAGAAAAUGCCGCCGGACAGCCAACUGAAGUGGAAAUUCCAAUAGAGCCCGAAUAUGCUGAAGUUACAAAAUGCAAACCAAAACCAUCACAGCAGCAAAAUCAACCCAUACAGGCGAAUGUUGUAUAUGCCUUAAUUGACAAGUCCAAAAAGACUAGUAAGAAAUACAAGAAAAAGCAAUCUCCUUCAUUUCAAGAAACAGAACUAACUUGUGAAUAUGCGACUGUUCAGCAUUAAAGAAACUGCUCUUUUCCCUUUUUAUGUGAAAUGAAGUGGUACGCGAGUUGGUGUCACYAUUUUAAUUAUGUAGCUUCAUAUACAAUAAUUUUCUCUCAWUUAAUAAGCAUUGGUCCGUUAGCUCAGUCGGCAGAGCGUGGUGCUAAUAACGCUAAGGUCAAGGGUUCGAGCCCCUUACGGACCAGUCWCUACUUUUUUUUCUUUUUUUUCUUGUAAAUGAUAUUAAAAAUCUCUUUUUACAUCAUAUAAUCUAUAUUACAUGCAGAUGUUCAACAUUUAUUUCUUUAGCUAAUUGUAACAAUAAAUGAAAGUUCUGCUUAGUUCUUGGGAUCCCUGUGUGACUUUGUAUUCAUUCUCCUUCGCUGUUAUGGUUUUCAAAAUUUGAACUUUUCGCGACGGCUGCUUGGACAACCUAGUAAAGAA